AGUGACUUUGGAAGCAUUUUCAUGAUGGCACUACCCUGGCUGUUAGUUUUGGAGCUUGUCCUUUAUGCCGGAUGUUUCGUCUGUGGGGUAAUAGCUGCAGCCUGGCUGACACUUACUCAGGGCCACUUUGACGGACGAUGUAUUCUCUAUGGCAGUGUUCACUAUAAUGUAUCUAUCCAGAGUGUGACCCUAGAGGGCUCUAGCUCUUCAUCCGUCUGCUAUUUUCUGUCAGCCAUUGCUGUGUGUAUGGCUAUUUACUGCUUUUUACUUAUUCUUUACUGGAUCUAUGCCAGCUGUGUGGAUGACAAUGUGAGAAGGGGGACUCUUUCUCUCAACACAUCUCUAGGAGUCUGUGGCCUUCUUCUGUUUUUUCUCUUGGUAUCAGGAUGUAUUCUCAAGAUCGGUAGAGACAGCUUGUGUUUCUCUGUCCUACAUAACAUUCCCUCUAUUACCAGUUGUGAAGAUGCAGAGAAUCAGACCUGGGUUCCUCCCUACACUGGAAAUCAGUUCCACGCUGGGCUGUACAAUACUGAGAAGUCUGUGUGGGUAAGCUUCUUCUUCUGGUUGUUAAUAACUGCAGUGGUGAUCAUUCAGAAAUGGCAGAGCUUGAGGUUGAAGGUUUGGGGUGAUGAUGAGUGGAGUAGGGCAGAAACAGAGCCUUUCCUGCAUCGCCCAUCCCGCACUUAG